CACGACCCUGUUUUUAUUCGCCCCGAGUCAUCCAACUGACGUGCGUCACGACGCCGCGUCUCUUUGUGCACGGUUUCAUCUAGCGGCGACAUUUGUUGUUAUUUUCACUACAACUGAAAAAAACAAAAAAUACAAGACCGACCCGACCGUGUGUGUUUCGUUGUUGUUGUUGCUGCUGUUGUUGUUGUUGUUGUUGUUUGGAUCCAUUCCAUAACAAGCAAACUGCCCCAUUCCAAGCAUCUACAUCGGGUUUGUCACAUUCUCGAUUAUCAACCGAGUAAAUGGACUCAGACGAAGGUUAUAACUAUGACUUCGACGAGGACGAAUGUAGCGAAGACAGCGGCGCAGAGGAACCGGGGGAAGACACCCUGGAGUUAGGCGAGGACGAGGUGGAACUGGUCGAUCCCGCGGAGGCCGGAGGGGAACGGGACGAAGGUUUGGAGACCGGGGGAAGUGGUCAUGGGACCGGGCAAGAGGAAGAGGACUACCGCUUCGAAGUGCUGACUGCCGAGCAGAUACUCCAGCAUAUGGUGGAGUGUAUCAGGGAGGUCAACGAGGUCAUCCAGAAUCCUGCAACAAUCACCAGGAUCCUUCUGAGUCACUUCAACUGGGACAGAGAGAAGCUCAUGGAAAGGUAUUUUGACGGUAAUGUGGAUAAGCUGUUCUCAGAGUGCCACGUCAUCAACCCCUGUAAGAAGUCGAGGACCAGACUGAUGAGCACAAGAUCCGCUGCUCAGGACCUGCCGUGUCAGAUCUGCUAUCUAAACUACCCAAACUCAUAUUUCACUGGCUUAGAGUGUGGACACAAGUUCUGUCUGCAGUGCUGGGGAGAUUACCUGACAACCAAAAUCAUCGAGGAGGGGAUGGGACAGACCAUCUCCUGCCCUGCCCAUAGUUGUGACAUCUUAGUGGAUGACAACACAGUCAUGCGCCUCAUAACAGACUCUAAAGUGAAGCUGAAGUACCAACAUUUAAUUACCAAUAGUUUUGUAGAGUGUAAUAGACUGUUGAAGUGGUGUCCCGCACCAGACUGCCAUCACGUCGUUAAAGUCCAGUACCCCGACGCCAAGCCGGUCAGGUGCAAGUGUGGUCGACAGUUCUGCUUCAACUGUGGGGAGAACUGGCACGAUCCUGUCAAGUGUAAGUGGCUGAGAAAGUGGAUUAAAAAGUGUGACGAUGACAGUGAAACAUCCAACUGGAUUGCAGCUAAUACCAAGGAGUGUCCAAAGUGUCACGUGACCAUUGAGAAGGACGGCGGCUGUAACCACAUGGUGUGUCGGAACCAGAGCUGUAAAGCUGAGUUCUGUUGGGUCUGUCUGGGGCCCUGGGAGCCACACGGCUCAGCAUGGUACAACUGCAACCGCUACAAUGAAGACGAUGCCAAGGCAGCCAGAGAUGCACAGGAGCGCUCCAGAGCAAUGUUACAGCGGUACCUGUUCUACUGCAACCGUUACAUGAACCACAUGCAGUCGCUGCGCUUCGAGCACAAGCUGUACGCCGGGGUCAAGGCCAAGAUGGAGGAGAUGCAGCAGCACAACAUGUCCUGGAUCGAGGUGCAGUUCCUGAAGAAGGCCGUGGACGUGCUGUGUCAGUGUCGCUCCACACUCAUGUUCACCUACGUCUUCGCCUUCUACCUGAAGAAGAACAACCAGUCCAUCAUCUUUGAGAACAACCAGGCGGACCUGGAGAACUGCACAGAGACGUUGUCAGGAUAUCUGGAGAGGGACAUCUCCCAGGAUUCCUUGCAGGACAUCAAGCAAAAAGUACAAGAUAAAUACAGAUAUUGUGAGAGCCGGCGGAGGGUGCUGCUACAACAUGUUCACGAAGGCUAUGAAAAGGACCAAUGGGAGUACAUAGAGGAUUAAGAAGGACCAAUGGGAGUACAUAGAGGAUUAAGAAGGACCAAUGGGAGUACAUAGAGGAUUAAGAAGGACCAACGGGAGUACAUUGGCCUCUCCUCAUGGACCAUCUCUAGAGAGAAUAUAUUUUCUUUGCCCCCUCUCUCCUCAUGGACCAUCUCUAGAGAGAAUAUAUUUUCUUUGCCCCCCCCUCUCUCCUCAUGGACCAUCUCUAGAGAGAAU